UUUUGAUCGAAGUGACAACAUGCGGUUGGAGGAGAAGUUUCGCCUGGAUGAUCUUCUUCUCUUGGAAGACAUUUUUGCCAAUCACAACCGGCAUGAAGAGGUGACUGAGGAGAUGGCGGGGAGAAGGAAAGCUGCUCUGAGUCCUCAGCGGGUCGGUAAUAUGACCCUGAAAGAGUUUCGGAAGGUUCUGUUUGAUCUCUUUGGGUCAAGGUUCUGGGAUGACGGCAUGGAGCUUCUGUUCAACAAGGUUGACACAUCAUGUGACGGUUACAUUGACUGGAGUGAGUUUUGUACAUACAUGUUGCUGCAGUACAAGGAGCGAGAUUACAUGAUGACACAGAGGGUGACAAUUUUGGGCGAGCCGGUUGUACGUCUGUGUGCCCCCAGUAAGCAAGAGCCCGUCAGCCGAAUCCUGGCCAUCAGCAAUCUCCCCCCAUUGUGGUUCAUCAGUGUCAGCAAAGGAGGGGUCUUCACUGCAUGGGAUGGCGGCCUGCACCCCCUGAAGUCCUGGGAGAUCUCCUCCCACUCCCCCCAGACGGGGAAGAGAAGGUUCAAGUCUUGGGUUACAGAUGCUAUUUAUCUGCCCGACGUGCACAGAAUCACCGUGGCCACCACCAGCAGAAACCUCCACUUCUUCAACAUCUCCACCAUGAAUAUAUUGGAGGAGUUCUGCCUGUGUGCUUUGCAGCACGUCCCCACCUGCUUGUCGUAUUGGCACAAGGCCCCUGGAAGCUCCUCUCUGCUCCUGUGGGGGGAUGAGAAGGGCGGAGUUAGCCUCUUGUGGCUGCUAAAACCAAACUCUGGACUCUAUGAGAAAUCAUUCAGCCAGCAGCCGGGACCUGAGAAGAUCUACAUGCAGGAACUGGGACAUCAUAGCAGCUUCUUUAGCUACCAGUCCAUCCCUAAUAUCCACUCCGAACCUGUAACCAGACUUAUGUACGUCCCUGGUCAGGAUCUCAUCAUUUCAGCAUCUGGCAGUUCUCAGACCUCGCUGGUCAUCAUGGACAUUGCUGGACAAGGGAGAGUUUACACCUGGAAGAUGAGUAAGGGUGUUCAGUGCUUUGACUACUGCAAGGCCAUGAACCUUCUGGUCACUGGUGGCCUGGAUCACAGCGUCAGACUCUGGAACCAGUACGUUCCUAGCCACCCUACGGCAGUCUUGUCAGAGCAUGCUAUGCCCAUUCUUGAUGUGGUCAUAUAUGAACCUCUCAGGCAAAUAUUCAGCUACUCAAAAGACUCCGUCCUGAAGGUCUGGGACAUCUCCUCACACAGCUGCCUACAGACGCUGGUUCUGAAGUACCCAUGCAUCCAGCCUGGAAGGAUUCAGGAACAAGGACACUUUCCUUUCCUCCUGGUACCAUCGCCUUCCAACUGCUUGCUCGUCUCUUACAGCAAUUACAUUGCGAUGCUGAAACUGGCCCAGAUCAACCCUAAUGAUGACAUUAUAGUUACACAUGAGGCACCUCUAUCAGCUGUCCUGUACAAUGGUUUCUUCCAUCAGGUGGUGACGGCGAGCGAGGAUUCUAGCAUAGCGGUGUGGGAUGUGGAAACUGGUGACAAAUGUCUUCUUCUGAAUAAUGCGCACGGCCAGGAGGAGGUGACGUGUUUGGCUUUGGACGCCUCGAGGAGGAAUCUGGUCAGUGGUGCCCAGGAUGGCACCAUCAAGAUCUGGAAUAUGCAGAACGGACACAACCUGCACAGACUGCAGACAGUGGAGGGGUCGGAGGUCACGUGUGUGUUGGCGCUGCGAGAGCAGACCUUCCUUAGUGUUGGCUGGAACAGGAAGAUUAUCACUUACGAUAUUACACAAAGCAAGAACAUGUAUGUGCCAGCGAAUGAGUCAUGGAAAGGGGGUCAUGUGCACACGAAUGACAUCAUGGCAGCAGACUAUUGUCCAUCUCUGGGACUCCUGGUCACGGCAAGCUUUGAUGGCGAGAUGAUUGUGUGGAAUGUGGAGACCCAGAAACUAUACCGGUAUCUGAGGAGACGUCCCGCCAACAGUUGUCCCACGCCCGUGGACCGCCUCCUCUUCCUGCAGAAUCGUGCGGCUCGGAGAGACGUGGCUAUCCUCCUCAGUGUGGAGGGUGGAGUCCUGUACUGGUGGACCAUCUUCCCCGCUGCCUCCAUAUUAGGUCAUUGU